CUAAGCAGCAGAGAUUUUGGAAAAAUAUAAAACCUAAAACCCAAGGCAUUGUCAUCAAAAGCAACACCUAAGUCAGGCUUAUUUUGUUUAUGAAUAGCCACAGCUGUUUGACCUUCAGCAAUUUGGAAUUCCACCUUGCUCAAUCAUUUUUUGUUGUAAUAAUUUUUUGCUAUCAAUAGCACUCCAACUUGACUUGUUUUCUUAAUACUAUCCAUCCCAGCAAAUUUCUAAUAGAGAAAUCUCCCCAGUUUUUUUUUCAGUAUAGACUUACUUAUUAUGGCUUCUGAAAGAUUUUUGUCCACAAACACCCCUAUCUCCACUUUCUGAACCUAGAGGCUUCCUGUUCCUGAUGAGUCUGAAAAAGAUUUUGCAAAGGCUGUAAAAAAAACAAAUUAUCUUUCCUUGUUCUAUUGCAUUUAUCUUAACACAGCUUAAUUUUUUUGUUUGUGUACAACUUCGUGACUCCUGUCACAGUGCUGUUUAAUCUUUCUAAGAUUUUAAAGAAUUGAAAAGACUAAACAAAAACCCAGUCCCUGCCUUGUCUACACGCAGUUAAGUCUGCAAAGAACUCCUUUCAACUUCCUUUGUAAAAAAACUUCCUCAUUUUUCUGUUCCACCCUCCUAAUUUAAACAUCAUUGAUUUUCCCGUGUUCUCUUAAUUACCAAUUAAGCUAAUACGUGGAAACAAACCAGCACAGCUUUGCAGAGCUGUAGCUGUGUAAGUAGCAAACUAAAAUCCAUAUUUAGUUUAGUUUCGAUAGCAGUGAUCUGUGUUUGCUUACACACAACAAAAGCUCCUUUGUGUUCCUAAGGUGGUGUGUGCACUUGGGUUUGGAUCUACCAAUGACAUCCGUGAGCUGCUGGAGCUCACACCACUGAGGUUUAAUUGCUGCCAGUCAUUGUUCUUACGGUCAAAAUUGGGACCUCAGCUGCUUCUGUCGUGCUCAACGAGUUUAAUGAUAAAGGGCACCAUUUUUUCUUUUAAGAUGGAAAACUCAGAAUUACUGAGGAGCGUGGACUACUGUUGCUCAGAAACGAAAAUAAUAGACUUUCACCGUCCAACCUGUCCAAAAAACUGCUUGCUAGCAGCUAAUACAGUUAGUGCAGCUAAUACAGUAAGCUUCAUUUCUAAAUCCUAUUUUUAAUAAAGGUUUUAGUUCUCCUUUCAUGCAGAAAUGCCUUCGGGUUACCUUGUCAAACCUGUAUCGUGGCAAUUAAUACCAACAACGGCUAAUGGACGUACCGGCCGACAAACGUCCCGGGCCAGCCUACAAGGUCAAGCGCUAGAACUUUCUGCCGCUCCACCCCCGCCCCAGGCCGGCCUUUUCCCCACCUAUUUUACCGAGAAGUCGCCAACAACCACCUCCCGUUCAGAUUGGGUUGAUGUUGCCAAUGAUCUUUUAAGGAGCUGUCACAUAAACCUGCACAUAAAACACCUCUCAGAAUGUAGUGCUGAUGUGUUUGUUCAUCUUUAUGAGUCAAUCUUAGGUGAAAAAGUACCAGAUUUCAUUGCUACUCCCAGAAGUCAAGAGGAUGAUGCACAUAAUGUACAAGCAGUAAUAGAUUCCCUGGCAUUGGAUUAUUUGCAGGUCAGCUUGUCUCACAUCACGGGUGAGAAUAUUGUGAAAGGAGACAGGGAAUCUAUCAAAAACCUCCUGGAAAUAUUUGAUGGUUUGUUAGAGUAUCUGAGAGAAGUCAGUGAAUCUUCUUCUCAGACUGGAGCUGAGAUAAAUGUGCUGUCCAGUGAUGAAAUUCAAAUUGCAUCUCAAGAGCAGCUGGAAAGCACUGCUAGUCCACUUACAGAACAUCCACUACUCUCAUCAGCUGAAAGGUUCCAGUCAGAAUAUUUUAUUCUAACUUGUGAUACAGAUGGCUCAGAAUCGACCAGUGAAUUAAUUAAACUUGGAGAUACUGCUUAUUCAUUUUCCAAGAGAGGGGAAGAACUUCAGAUGCCUGGACGGUGUCUAGUAGAAAAGGACACCGGGGUAGAAGAAUCUGAAAGCUCAGAGGCUCUUGCAGCAUUUCCCCAACAGUUCUCAGAAAGUGAAAGGAGGGGGAUUGUAAAGAAAAGGGAAGAUGGAGGGAUGGAGUCUGUUCAUGCUGCUGAACCCCACAAAGGGAGUCAGAGUGCCAGUGCUACAAAACUGGGGGAGCCCAUCCAGCAGGCAAUUCCUCUGCUGCCCCCGUUCCAGCCCUCGGAUCCGGGAUGGAGAGAUUACCACAGCUCAGACAGGCAGGCAGCCGCUCUGGCUCGCAGUCAAGCAGUGAACAUUCCUACUAUUGAAAAGUCACUUACCCAAAAAUCUGAUGAUGUUUCUGAUGGUCUUCCUCUCUCAAGAAAGAUUCCUGUAGGCCCAGUGCCAUUAACUCACACUUACCUGUCAUCUGCUUCUGCAGUGGGAAAAAUGCUGGGAGAUGAUGCUGAGGACAAUAUGACAAAGGUGCCUCUGGUAUGUGAGUCUGCUGUAUCUGCCUCCUCUUCUAAGGAAAAGCUCUCCCUACGUGCUGAACAAGUAACACAAAUCCCAAGACCUGAAUCUCAACACCGGCCUAGAAUAAGCAAAUAUGAAAAUUCCUCUGAAGGUUCACUUUCCCACAGAACAACAAAGGAGAAGGUUCCUCAGCAAGAGUUUCACGAAGCAUCAGAAAAUCUGUCUCGCAGGCUAAAUGAACUAGAUUUAAUGCUGAAGAGAGCUUUGGGUGAACACACAAGAGAAGAGGAGCUGACAGAUGAGGACAGCCUGUCCCAGCACAGUGACAGUGUCAUGGACUACGGCCGAAGCACAGCUGGGAGAGAUACAUCAAGUCCAAGCAACCCAGGCAGGCCACGAUCCCUCUCUCCAGCCUCACCCUCAUCUCAGCACCAGCAACAGAAACUGCGGAGUAUUGGAACAGGCCAGAUAAAGACAAUACGCAGCCAUGUGCAGGAAGAGAGGGAUGAAAGAACAAGAAAAGCAAAGCUGGUCACUGAUGCUUAUGAAAAUGAGCUAAGAAUUUUUGAAGCAAGGGAGAAGCGUAGAAUUUCCAAGCUCAGGGAAGCUGCCAAGGAAGUGGAACAAGAGUACAAAGAAAACGUCUUUCAAGAACAUCCAAAAGUGUCUCGGCCAGUGAAAGUUUAUUCUAGAAAAACCACACCUCAGUAUUCCAAAUACAGCCAGUGGAUUCCAAAACGAGGGAUCAUGAAGCCAAAGCAAGCAGCUCCAAUGACAAUAAGAGACAAUGACCUCCUCUUGCAGCUCCUGGAGGAGUUUCCCCACCUGCACAUUUCCUCCCGUACUCUGAAUAAAAUGUGGCAGCAGCAGCUUGCACAGACUCUGCACCUCAAGGCACCUUCUGCCAGACCCAGACCAAAGCUCCAGAAUGAAGUUGAACAAGCCUUGAAGAAACAGGAGCUGCUUGCUGCAAUUAUUAAGAGAGAUCAAGAUCACAGCAAGAGACUGCAAGAAAUCAAGCAGCGCAUCUACCGGCAGAGAUGGGCUCAGAACAAGGUGACAGAGAAGAAGCAGCAGGUGGCCCGGGCCAGGAAAUACUACGAGGAUUACAGGGUCCAGCUCCGGGCCAAGCUGCUGCGCGCGAGGACACGGGAGGAGAAGAUAUUUAAAAACUUAUUUGAAGAAGGUUUAGAAAUUCAGAAGCAAAGACUGAGGGAACUGAGAGUUUAUGCUCAAGAGAAGCGCGAUGAGCAACGGCGAGAGCACCAGACUGAGCUGGAAUCUCUGGAGAACUACUACAAAGAUCAGUUUUCCAUGCUAGCAGAAGUUAUAGCUCAAGAAUUCCAAGAAAUCCAAACCAGAGAGAAAGCACAAGCACAAAUGCUACAGAAAACAAAAAGAGAACUGAGAUCAAAGAUGGAAAAGGAAAUACAGCAACUGCAAGCAGCAAUCAUGCACAGUGAUGACGACACCUUUUUUCAAGAACUAGAAGCAGACAGACUGAGAUCCAGACUUCAGAUGGCUUCUUUCCAGUACAGCCAAAGCCACUUCUUCUAAGACUUGGGUAAAUGUCACUGCAAUCCUCCCUGGCUAAGAUGAUCAGAGUCUUCGAGAGCUGCUAUAAUGGGAAGAUGGUGUGAGGCUGUUUUUCUCUCUAAAAUAUCUGUUCUGUCAUUUUGACCUGUCGGGGGCAUAGCUGCUGGGAUCUGAGAUCUCCACAGCAUUUUUAAGAUCACCAAUAAAGUUUCUGAACUAUUUUUUACCUUCCUAACAAGGCUGGGGUAAUGUUGGACUCUACCCAGAGGAUGUUGGGAUGAAGUCAAGAGUGCUUUAGUGAAGUUUUCCUGGUGGAACAGUUGGAUGCUGAGGCUCCUCUGCAUCUGUGCUGGGGCUGUUGCUGCUAAGCCAAUCUAACACCAUUUGCCAGAAAUCAUGGAUUGGAAAGGUCACAAAGCACAAAAAGAUCUUUAAAAGAACAUCAGAGGUUCAGGUUUCCUACAAAAGGUCAAGUUAGAGAAUGCCUGCAAUAAACCUUCAGGUUUAUAAAUAACUGGGAAUUUAAAUACAUUAAGCAAGGGAAGACUACUACUUGUGUUUGCAGUGUUGGUGUUGCUGGCUUGAUAAAAUAUAAAGGCAUAUAAAAUACUCUUUCUACACUACAAAUGCACUGGGCAAAGUAAUUUGAAAUAGAAAACAAUGCAGAUUCUUCUAAAGCUGUACAUGAUAAGCUUCUGCAAGAGAUGGACCCUGGGAAGGAGCUGUGGGCAGCAUUCCUAAUCUUCCACAAUGCCACACUCACAGGUUACUCCAUCUUCACACUGACAGAAUGAGAAUUAAAGAAUUAUUAAAUAUUUCACCAGUAGCUUUUACCUUACUUCAGGUUCUAGGGUCUGCUUCCAGGCAGAGCAGGAGCUGACAGCAGGCACUGCACCUACUUAGCAAAUUCCAGUGCUAUAAACAGUGCAGAACCCAGCAGGAAAUCCAGGUUUCACCUGCCAAACACUGUGGAGGUGCCAACACAGAGGGAUGAGGACUUAAACUGAGAACAAUUACAUAAAACCAAGUUGAUAGUAAUGAAGUCCAUUACUAAUACAGUCUCCUCUGCCUGACAAAAGUGCAACUCUUAGUUUAUCUUGAUAGUAGAAGAGUUCUUGCUUAAAAUUGCUGUGUGAGAAGUGAUAUAGGAAUACUGGAUUUAAUUGCACUGUACAUACAAUAUUUAAAGGUUGCCGUUAGGGGACUCUGAUGGCCCUGCCAACACACAGAGAAUGCACACUCAUGCACUGAAAAAAAGAGAUAAACAGGAAAAAACAGCCCAUGAUAUAUGAAGGAGCUUCUUUUACAGAUUAAACAAACCAGCCAGCUGUUACAACAUAAGAUACCUCACUGCAAAAAUACAGACCCAAAAACCACA